AUGGCGCUCGGGGUGUUCCCGGCGACGCUCACGGGGUCGACAGCGGGGACGGGGUGGGCGAAACGGGGGGUGGUGACGCGCGCGAAGGCGCGGACGGGCGGGUUGGACCGGGACGCGGGCGCGGCGGACGCGAUAUCGCUCGUCGACGUCACGGUGGAGGAUUUUAGAUUUGAUUUGAUGGGUGAGCUGCACGCGACGUUACCGAUGGAGGAUGAGACGUACUUUUACAAGGCUGGGGCGGAGGCGAGCGGGACGUUUUGCGCGGUGCCGGUGACGCACGCGAACUGGACGAUUGCCCAACCCGUUCCGUUUUGGUACGUGUGCGACAACUUUUGGGCGGGUCAUCGGAAUUGUACCGACGCGUACGAGAAGAAUUACGACGAUGAAUAUGGAUGGUACGGUCUGCGCGCGUUGCACACGUGUUUGCGCUUGCCCAUCGACGCUCUGGAGCGCGGCGCGACAGAGCUACACUUUUUGCACUUGGAUUUCCAACAAUCCUUUGAGCCAAAGUAUGAGAUCAGUGAAAAGGCGCUCUUGCGAGCGAGCGUACAGCACGAGGUGUCCGUCGAUAUCAACGCCCCUCGAGUUUAUUGGAACCCGAUACAGGAGCCGUGCUGCGACGCGCUUGCGAGCCAGACCAACGCGGUGCUCACGGCGGUGACGAUUCUGAGCCUCCUACCGCUGGUGUACCUCACCUUCCGCGACCUCCUCAGGCCGUUGAGAAGUGCGUCGAUGCGCGACACCACUCGCGCGUUUUACACCAGGGCCGAACUUCUAAAAGCGGCGAACAAGGGUCCGGUGACAAAGGUUGGCCGUCGACGAUGA